AUGCUCACUGAACUUACAUAUGUAACGAUUGCAGGUGUGAAUUUUUCCGCAAUACGCCAGGACAGUUCUGGGGCGCCUGAGCAGCGUGAGGGAGCGAGCUGCGAUGUGGUGAUUCACCAUUUCGCAGCUUCACAGCCGGUUCCCUCAGCAAGGGCAAUCAACUCUGGCGAAGCAGGAAGAAGCAACUCUGCGGAGCCAGGGCCUUCGGGUGUGAAUUACGCCGCAGUGCGCCAAGAUAGCUACCGGGCGCUUGAAAGAGCAAGGGAUGUUGCGGCAAAGCGCGUUGCGAGAAGCAAUCCAGCUUUUAAAGAAGCCGAAGCAAGCAGAGCAGCCGAACGUAUGCGGUUGAAGCGGCAGGUGGAAAGCUGC